AUGUCCUCCCCACGCGCCGCAUCCCCGCCCGCAGGUGCCGCCAGCGGCGGUUCGGCCACGGGCGCGUCGGCGCGGCCCUCGUCGCCGCCUCCGCCCGGGGGCGCGCGCACGGCGAUCCGCCGCCGCGCCGCCGCCGACCAGAAGGAGAAGAUCGCCAACGUGCGGCCCAACAGCACGCGCUCCGCCGGCGCCGGCGGCUCCAGCAGCACCAUGCUGCGCCUGUAUACCGACGAGAGCCCCGGGCUGAAGGUGGAUCCCGUGGUGGUGUUGGUGUUGAGUCUGGUGUUUAUUUUUAGUGUGGUUGCAUUGCAUAUCAUUGCCAAGAUCACUCGCAAGUUCUCGAGCUAG